GGGGCCGUGAAGAGACAGGAGCAGCCUCGGAGGGUGGGGAACUGUGAGGAGAGGUAGGCAGCGAAGGGAGGGGCAGCCUGAAGAAUGACCAGCCCUGAUGUGGCUGAGCUGAGAUAGGAAUGAGAUGUUGCAGGGUGGGAUGUUUCUGUAGCAGCAGGAGUCCCGGCGUGUCACCCACUCUAAAAGGGGGGGAUUGAUGGCGUGAGAAAGUAGCUGUACCCUAGGAGAUGCACUGAGUGAUCAGUUAGAGGCCUUAGGAGGGUCUCUUGGGAGCCCCAGAAGUAGGUUUGGGUACUGGGAAGGAGGGAGGAUGAAGGAAACUUGCCGGAUCUGUGCCCGAGAGCUGUGUGGCAACCAGCGGCGAUGGAUCUUCCACACGGCGGCCAAGCUGAACCUCCAGGUGCUGCUCUCCCACGUCCUGGGCAGGGAGCUGUGUCGGGAUGGCAAAUCCGAGUUCGCUUGCAGCAAGUGUGCCUUCAUGCUGGACCGCAUCUACAGGUUCGACACCGUCAUCGCACGCAUCGAAGCCCUCUCCAUCGAGCGGCUGCAGAAACUGCUGCUGGAGAAAGACCGCCUCAAGUUCUGCAUCGCAAGCAUGUACCGCAGGAACAAUGAAGACUCUAGCACAGAUGACAGAGCUGGGGAAGGGACUGUGGACCUUUCUAACCUGCCUGAUGCGCGGUAUGCUGCCCUCCUCCAGGAGGACUUUGCUUAUUCUGGAUAUGAGUACUGGAUGGAUCAAGAAGAGCACAGCUUGGAGCCACACAGCUGCCAUGCUUCAGAGGGAGCGAGCAGCCGCCCGCGGCGCUGCCGUGGCUGUGCUGCGCUGCGGGUGGCUGAUGCUGACUACGAAGCAAUUUGCAAAGUGCCACGAAAGGUGGCCAGAAGCAUCUCCUGCGGGCUGUCCAGCCGGUGGUCAGCCAGCAUGGGCAACGAGGAGUCAUCUGUGUGUGAUGUGGCGGAGUCUGCCAGUGCCAGAGUGCCAAUGGAUGGGGAGAGCAUGGAGGAAGGCACACCUGCAUCCUCUGUCGAGUCCCUGGACACGACUGUGGAGGCAAACCCGCCACAGCAGAAGGAUGAAGAUGCAGAUAAGGGGGUGAAAGGGAAUGGAAAGUGUGAUGACUUCUCAGAUGACCGCAUGACCCCAAACUCUUCGCAGAGUGGGAACAGGCUGGAGCUUGCCCUCAGUUUGAUCAAGGCUUUGGACUACAAACCCCUUCAGAGUCCUCGAGGCAGCAGGCUACCUAUUCCUGUGAAGUCCAGCUUGUCCUCUGCCAAGCUCAGCCGUGAUUUGGCAGAUGGCAGUGCUUCUGCUGGCUUAGCAUGCACUGGAUCUGCUUUCCUGAACGCAGACAGAAAAUCCUUUUCCAGAGCUCCUUUGGGUGUUUCCCUGGAGAUUUCUGAACUGCAGGAGCUGUGGGAUGACCUCUGUGAGGAUUAUAUGCCGCUGCGGGUACAGAAUUUGCAGGAUGAACAUCAGCAGCUGGCUCCAGGUGACCCUGCAGCAGGGGAGCAUGUAUCCCAUCUGCGUGCUGCAGAGCUUCAGGGCAAGAUCCAGCAGGUUGAAGCUGCCAACAAGUUGUUACAGGAAAAGCUGAAUGGAUUGAAUUUUCAAUUAAAGUCUGUCCAAGAAACAUCGCAGAGGCAAGAUCGUACAAUCCAGAGUCUGAAUGAGGCCCUGAAGAGCAAAGAGAGCAAGACAGAAGAACUUUACCACAUCAUUGAAGGUCAGAAUGAGACAAUGGCCAAGCUGCAGGACAUGUUACAUAGAAGUCAUCUGGGACAGUUGCAGAUGUCGGAGAGCCCACUCUCGCUGCAGGAGCAGCAAAUGUCGCUGCUGGAUCUUCAGAACAUACUUUUCUGCACCAAGUUGGAGGUGCAGAAACUGAAAAGAGCUCAGCGCCAGAAAGAGCAUCAAUUGGCUGAAGCCAAGAGAGCAGCCCAGCUUCUAGAGACCAUGGUGCAUGAGGAAGAACAGCAGAAAGAGGCAACCUGGAAACACAACCAGGAGCUGCGUGCUGUGGUACAGCAGCUGCAGGCAGAGCUUCAGAGCAAGGCUCAGCAGCUCCAGACCGUGGAGUGGGAGAAGUGCCGUGAGCUGCAGGCCCAGGAGCAGAAAAUUCAGCAUUUGAGUCAGCACCUGGCUCGCAAGGAACAGCUUCUCCAGGAAACAAGGGAGCUUCUGCAAUGCCAGCAAAGCUUGGACAAGAGCCCUGCAGCCAUGAAUGCCAUGCUGGAGAAACUGCAGCAGCGAGUCAGUGACAGGGAUGCUGCUCUGGAGCGAGCAGUAGAUGAGAAAUUCUGUGCACUGGAGAAGAAAGAGCAAGAACUGCAACAGCUCCAUCUCUCAAUAAGGGAGCGUGGAACUGACCUGGAGAGGCUGCGCAAUGUCUUGUCUAGCAACGAGGCCACGAUUCAUAGCCUGGAGAGCCUUCUGAAAGCCAAAACUCUGGAAUUAGAGCAGGUCUCAGCAACCUGCCAAAACCUCCGCUGGCUCAAGGAAGAGAUAGAGGCCAGAUCCUGCAGCAGGCAGAAGGAGCAGGAGGGAAUUAUCCAGCAGCUGCAGACCUGCCUGCAUGACAGGAACAAGGAAGUGGAGGAGCUUACAGCAACUCUGCUGUGCAAGCUGGGCCCAGGCCAGAGUGAGGUAGCAGAGGAGCUGUGCUUGCGUCUCCAGCAGAAGGAGAAAAUGCUACAAGAUCUUCUCAGUGACAGGAACCGUCAGACCAUGGAGCAUGACACUGAAAUCCGGGAGCUGCUACAAGCUGUGAGCACCAAGGAGCAGCAGAGCAGAGUGGCUGCUGAGAAGAUGGUGCACGCUUUGACUGAAAGGGGCUCUGAGUUACAACUCCUGCGCCAGCAUGUGUUGGGGAAGGAGCCUGUUGGGGCCAAGUCAGCUGGUGCCAGCCUGUUGAAGCAGGACAAACAGCCCAUACAAGAAAUACUGCAAGGAGCUUGUGGAGCCACAGCCAUUGCUGGACCCCCACAGGGGGACAGCAGCUGCAGAGCAGAAGAGGUUACAGUAUCAGCAGCAGAGAUGGAGAAGGAUCUUGUUAAUGCCAAAGAGGAGCUGGAGCUAAUGGCAAAGAAGGAAAGAGAAAGCAGGCGAGAGCUCACUGCUCUCCAGUCUGUUGUGGCCGCACAGGAGGAAGAGCUGCAGGUGCAGGCCUCAGAUAUAGAGUCCUUGACCAGGACCAUUCAGAUCAAAGAGGACCUCAUCAAGGAUCUUCAGAUGCAGCUGGUGGAUCCUGAAGAAAUUCCAGCUGUGGAAAGGCUGACACAAGAAGUGCUAGUGCUUCGGGAGAAAGUGGCCAUAGCAGAGUCACAAGGACAAGAAGCUACUGGAAACAGAAGGCAGCAGUUGUUACUGAUGCUGGAAGGGUUGGUGGCUGAGAGGAAUCGGUUAAAUGAGGCUCUCCAGGCAGAAAGACAGCUCUAUGGCAGCCUGGUAAAGUUUCACACACACCCAGACAGCGCUGCGAGGGACCACACUCUGCAGGUGGAGCUGGAGGGAGUCCAUGAGCUCCGGGGACAGUUGGAAGAAGCUCUUGGAAGAAGCUUGGAGUGUUUGAGCAGGCUGGAGACACAGGGCGCCACAGGAGGUCAGGCCACAGGCACAGACACUGAUGAUGCUGGCACCAACUUUACCCACAACAUCAAGAAGGAGGCAGCCCAUGGUGUGGCAACCCAGCAUAGCAGCCUCCAGACUCGCAAGGAAAGUGGGGGCACUGAAAGGACCCUGAUGGGGACCACAGCGCCCACUGUGCCAGAGCGGGAGCUGCGGGCGGAAGAGGAGCUGCGGGAGCUGAAGGCGCAGCUGGAGGAAGCCGGCUUCUCCUCCGUCUCCCACAUCAGGAAGGUGAUGCUGAGCCUUUACCUAGAGAACGCAGAGCUGAAGGAGCGGAUGGGUGAAGCCACAUCACUCCUGGAGAAUGGGGAGCAGGAGGAGGCUGGGCUAGGCGGCCCCUUGGCCCCCGAGCCGCGCAGGCUGCCGAGGAAGAGCCGCAGUGCCCUCGGGGACUGCCCAGCCGGCGGCAGCGGGGAUGGACAGGGGGCUCCGGCAGAGAGGGGAGCUGUGCCAGCCAAACGUCCAGCGCUGGAGGCACGAUCCCAGGAUGACAUGGCCAAGAGACCCUGCCCUGGCACCCUAGGCAGAGGGGACAGGAGUUCUGUGGAGGGCACCGUCCCUGGUGGGAGCUGGCCAGGGCUAGGUGCAGAGCUUCGCUCCCAGGUGGCACAGGGACAGAGGCAGUGCCAGGAGCUGAAGGACAAGCUUGCUGCCUCGGAGGCCACAGUGCGGGCACAAGCAGAGCAGCUGGAGAAGUACCACGUCCUGCUCCGUGAACCCCAUGCCCAGCAGCUCAGCAAGCAAGUGCAGGUGGACUUCCAGGACCUGGGCUAUGAGACAUGUGGGCGAAGUGAGACUGAGGCCGACCGGGAUGAGACCACCAGCCCUGAGUGCGAGGAGCCAGAUGUAUUCAGUGAGCCUAGCCUGGGUGAGGAGCUGGGGGUGCCCAGAGCGAGCAAGGCUGCCCAGAAAGCCAUGGCCUUGGCAGAUGUGGGCGCCCUGCACCAGCACAUCCAGGACCUCAAGGCACAGCUGCUCAAUGCCAACAAGGUGAUCCAGAGCCUGCAGCGCCGAACCCGCUCCAUCUCCGUCACCAGUGGCUACACCUCGGGCGCCGAGCGGCCCCCGCCGGGUCCUACAGCCCUGGGCUCCCCGGCGCACAGCCUCACCGACGAGGACGAGGGCUGGCAGUCCGACGGCCACAGCGCCCUCUGCCCGCCCGCCCUGCGGGCACACCGCGACCUGCAGCACCUGGUGCACCGCGUUGCGCUCCUCGAGGCGCAGCUGCCCGCAGCCAAAGCCGGUGGCGUUUUGCCCAAGGAGCUGCAAUCUGCCACUUGGCCGGGGAAGUACAAUUCGUUGAUCCAAGCGCAGGCUCGGGAGCUCUCCCACCUGCGGCAGACACUGCGGGAGGGCCGCGGGGUGAGCCACAGCCUGGCCCAGCACCUGCGCGAUGCCCUGCGGUCCUUUGAGGACCUCCUCCGCGGCACCGACAUUGACUAUUACCAGGGCCAGGGCUUUCGAGAGCAGCUGGCUCAGGGCAGGCAGCUGGCUGAGAGGCUCAGUGACAAGCUGGGCACCAGAGAUCGACGUGAUGGAGAUGAUAAAACCAGUCACGAACUCCUGGCACUGAGGCUUAGCCAAGAGCUCCAGGAGAAGGAGAAGGUGAUUGAGAGCCUGGAGGUGAAGCUGCAGGAGCGCUGUGAGUCCCCAGGCAGCAGCCACCUGCCCUCCGAGUCAUCCCGCUCUGCCACCAGCUCCUCCUUUGUGUCUGAGGGGCUGGAACCCUGCUCUGAUGGCGACACAGCCAGCGAAUGCAGCCAGUGCAGUGAGGAGCCCGCCCAACACACAGGUGUGAUGCUACCCAUGGCACCAGCAAAGCCCACAGCCCCACUGGGCCCUUUCAGAGAGGGCAGCAAAGUCCCGGCAGCACCCUGCCGACACGGUGCACUGCAGAGCCCCAGGGCCGCUGAGACCCGCACCAUCUGGGACGUACCCCGUCCUGGCCAGCCACUUUACAGGACCCUACCACCAGGGUAUCCCUCCAGCCAGAAGCUAACAGGGGCAGAUCUGCUGGAGGAACACUUGGUGGAGAUCCGCAGCCUGCGCCAGCGGCUCGAGGAGUCCAUCUGCACCAACGACCGACUCCGCGAGCAGCUCGAGCGCCGCCUGGCCUCUACCAGCAACACCAGUGGAUUGUCCAGCAAUGUCUAUGCCCAGUCACCGGAGCUGGGGCUGCAGCUGAGCGGGGAAAACAAGGCUCUGCGAGACGACAACCGGACCCUGCGGCUCCAGCGUGACCACAUCUCCCAAGAGCUGGCACGGGUGCAGGAGGCACUCAUGGCUGCUUGCUCCCGAGCCCGGGAGGCUGAAGCAGAGCUGGAACAGAGGAGUGGGAAGCAGCGGAGGCUGGCUGAGGAGCUUGCUGAGCAGCAAGAGAAUGUCCGGCAGCUCCGGGAUGAGCGGCGCUCUUUGCAGGAGGACAACAAUAGGCUGCAGCACACGGUGACACUCCUGCAGCAGCAGUGUGAGGAGCACCGCCUGCUGCUGCAGACCUUGCGUGCAGAGCUGCAAGUCUAUGAGAGCCUCCCUGGCCCCUCUGCUGAGACCCGUGCAGGCUGCUUCCCAUCUCCUCCAGUGCGGGAUGUUGGCACAAGUUCAGCAGCACCCCUCUUCUCCCCACUGUCCUCUGACAUGUCUGUGAUGCGGCAGAUGGACGGGCCACGUGGGCCAGAUCCACUGGUGAAGAAGAGUGAGGGGCUAACGAGGGCUCAUGUCAUUGGCUGCCUGGACACCUACCGGGCCCUGGAGCAGCACAUCCUGGAGGGGAAGGCACUGGCCUGUGAGCUGAUGUGUCUCACGCGCCCUGCACUUGGGCUAAAUAACUGUCUGCUCCCGGGAAAGCAGGUAAAGUGUGGGCAGAACAGGUCUGGCAGUCGCUGGGGGCCAGACAUUCUGAAGAGCAUGUGUAAAGUGGCCCCUGAGCCCAACUUCAGCCCUGAGGCUUGCAGGGCUGCGAAGCAGCUGACAGCCUCCAGCUUGGGGCUGCUGCCGGUACUGCCCUGCAGUGGUGGGCUGGCCAGGGUGAGUCCCUGGGUGCAGUGGGAUGUAGGUGCCCUGGCAGCCUCUGCUCCCGUACCCCUUUCCUGCAGGCCCUGCAGUGGACAGGCACAGGGCACCUCUGGGGCAGCGCCAGCACCCUGCAUGGCAUUCUGGAGCAAUGUGUGUCUCUCCUCACUGCCUUCUGGAGCACUGUGCUGCCCAUCAGCCCAGCCCAGCACCAGGGCAAGGAGCAGGUGCUACAGGAUGAGAUCGCAGCGCUGCGGGCACAGCUCUCUGAAAGGGAGAAUGCUCUGCAGAGCACAGCUGAGCGGCUGCGCAGCACGGCGCAGCUCAAGGACAGCAUGGAGCAGUUCAUUGUCAGCCAGUUGAGCAGGACCCACAAUGUGUUGCGCAAGGCUAGGACAAACCUGGAGGUGAAGGCCCAGCAGGCCCUGCCCGUCGCUUGAACAGGGCUGGGAGCAAUGCCUUUGCUCACGGAACGGCUUGCUGGCUGCUGAGCCAGGCCAGAGAGGACCCUGUCCCUGCUACUUCAAGGCGUGGGCAGGACAGGGGUCUGGGCUGUCCAGUGCUACAUAGCUAGUGGAUUUGGGCUGCUGUGGUGGUUGCAUGCCCUCCACCUGUCUUUGCUUGGUAUUGCAGCAGCAGCUGCUGGCUUGGGCUUUGCCUGCCCCAUGUGUCAGUGCUCGCCCCUUUCCACCCACAGUACUUAGAGUGGGGUGCACAGCCCUCCCCAUCAAGCACCUUUCACCUUGGGACUUGGUCCCAUUUGUAACCCUGCUGCAUAUCUGUCCCUGCUAUCGGAUGUAUGUAUAUGUAUAUAGGCAGAAGUAUCAGAGCUGCAUUUUGGGGCCUCUCCAGGCAUGUUGGGGCCCCAGUGUGGGAGGAUGUAAGAAAUGCCACAUUCUGUUCAGUGGCUGGAGAGUCCCCAAUAAACGUUUCCUGCAGGUUGUGGUGUU